CGGUGAGGGCGCUGCCGCAUGGGACACGCAAUCGUCGCAAAACACAACGUCAAAAGCAACAAAAACAAAAUCUGUCUAAAAGAUUGAAAGAUUGUUAAAUUUAAUUGAAGUUCCCACCAGCUUUUAAAAUGGAUUUCUUCAACUCGAUUCCAACCCAUAUGGAUUAUGACGGUCAGAGCAGAGCUGAAAACCUUUCCAGACUCAUCAUCACUCUCUUCGGUGCUGUUGGUUUAGUGUGGGGCUACAUCAUCCAACAAUUUUCACAGACUGUUUACAUCCUAGGAGCCGGUUUUGUGCUGGCCUGCUUGGUGACUGUUCCUCCGUGGCCCAUGUACAGGAGAAAACCACUGCAGUGGCAGAAACCUAGACCAGUCAGCGACGCCUCCGAUGCAACCUCUCAUUCCAAGUCAAAGAAAAAGAAGUAAGACAUUCAAGAUCACUCAAUUAAAGCACAAGCAUUCUUUUUAUUUUUACUUUGUAUUGUUUAUAUUCUCUGUUAAAUGAAUUUGAAUAAUCGCUUGAUGUCUGAAAUAUUAGGUUGAAAAUCAUUAAAAGGCAGAUUUGAUCUGUACAUAAUAAUG